AUGACAUAUAAUGACGACAUUGAUAAAAUUUUUAUUGAACCCCCUGAUAAUGGAGGUAUCACGGACGAAGACUCGGGUGACGAAGACGGUGGAGGCUUGAUUGACAAUUUGCCAGGUUCCCAAUUGAGAGCACCAGCUAAAGUCAGGCUCGUAAAUUCAAGCACCCCUGAAGAUAAUUUAUUAUAUUCCACUGCUCAUGCUAGCACCUCUUCUGGAAAGUCAAAAUUAACUGAGAAGAUAGAGUGGAUAAUAGGCGAUUUUGACAAAAAUUUUAAUCAUCGUGAAUUUCCGGCUCCAAACUUUGACCACUAUCACAAUUUCUCACCAGUUGAGCUGUUCGAAAUGUUUUUUGGUGAUGAUGUAUAUGAACUACUACAAACAGAAAUUAACAACUAUGCACUUUUCACCAAUUGUACUAACCCACAAUUGUCUCAACACGAAACAAAGUGUGCUAUUGCAAUUCUUAUAUUGAGUGGAUAUAACGUAUUACCUGGAAAACGAAAUUAUUGGGACAGCAAACCUGAUAUGCGAAACGAACUUGUGGUGAAUUCAAUGCGUCGAGACCGUUUUCUGCAAGUUUGUAAAUUUUUGCAUUGCGCGGACAAUUCCAAACCGAAUCCAGCUGACAAAAUAUGGAAAAUGAGACCACUAAUGGAUCUAAUAAAGAAAAAGUGUUUGCAAUAUUUUGUUCCAGAAGAGAAGUUACGUUAUGAUGAAAGCAUGAUAAAAUACUUUGGGCGACACAGUUGCAAACAGUUCAUCAGGGGUAAACCCAUACGAUUUGGUUAUAAAAUGUGGUGUCUCAAUACUCCAUCGGGAUAUCUUGUCAACUUCGAACUAUAUCAGGGUAACAAUCUGCGACGCUCAGCUGAAUAUGAAAAAUCCUUUGGAAAGGCUUCAGCACCAAUGGUACAAAUGUUAGACGAAAUUACAAAGUUGAAAACACUUUUGCCUUUUCAUUUACAUUUUGAUAAUUUAUUCGCAAGUAUAAAAUUGUUGACACACCUAAAAGAAAAUGGGUACCAAGGUACCGGAACUAUCCGCGAAAACAGAAUCCCCCGUGACUGUCCACUUCCCAGCAAAAAAAUUAUGGAAAAGAAGGCGAGGAGUACGUUUGCAUCCAUCAUAGAUAGAACUCACGGAAUUUUAUUUGUACGUUGGGUAGACAACGGAGUGGUAACUGUGGCAUCUACAUUGAAUGGAGUGGAACCCACAAGUGGCGUAAGACGAUAUUCUCAGGCAGAAAAAAAAACUAUUAUCGUCCCUCGUCCAAACGCAAUUGGAACAUACAACGCUUUCAUGGGAGGGGUAGAUCUUAUGGAUGAAAAUAUUGGACGCUAUAGAGUGGGCAUGAGAGGAAAAAAGUGGUGGUGGGGUAUUUUCACGUGGCUUCUUGACGUAUGCAUCCAAAAUGCCUGGCAAAUACAUAAAAAAUGCGGAGGCACCAUGACACAGUUGGAAUUCCGUCGGGAAAUAGUUACCAUCUACUUGCAACGGUAUGAAAGUCCUCCAAAAAGCCCCGGAAAAGUACCAUCGUCAACAGCUAACACAUAUGGACGAGUUCCCGAUGAUUUGCGAUACGAUAGGAUCGAUCAUUUUGUAGCCCAAACACAAGACAAUAAAAGAAGACGAUGUGCUGGGCAAAACUGCAAAACUGUUGGGCGAACUAUGUGCACCAAGUGUUAA